UUCGCUUGCGUAAAUAGCGUCACAUCCUCUUCCUUUUGCAGUUUUUAGGGGCCUACAUGAAACGAAAAGAAGGUGCAUGCAGCGGCUUUGCUACGUUUUCAUUUUACAGUACACCCGAAGCGGGUGCAGCUCCUCAACAAAUAAGAGCAAACAAUCAGUUUUCAUCGAUACUACAGAUGUGAGUCUCAAAAUGCAGCUGUCGGCAGCAGUCUACAGUGAAACCCGAGGGAUGCCUGCAGUAGAGAGCAACCAUGCACAGCAUGUCCUGUCCUCCCUGAACCAACAGAGGGCAGUAGGGAGAUUCUGUGAUGCAGUGUUGAAUGUGGGAGGUGGGGUGGUCUACCUGGCCCAUCGCAACAUCCUUGCCUGUUUCAGUGAACUGUUCCAACAGUCCAACAUGCCCACUGCCCCAUGCAUGGAGUUCUGCCUUCAGGAGUGCCCCAGUGACGGCCUGGAGCUGCUCCUGAACUUUGUCUACACCGGAGAGCUGAAGUUGGAUCCAGACAACCUGGACAAGGUGCAGAAUGCAGCAGCCAGCCUGUGUGUACCAGAAGCACUUGCACUCUGUCAGCAGUUCAAGGAAACCUCUGUGGAUCCUGUUCCUUUAAAACGUAAAAGAGGCAGACCUAGAAAGUCCACAUCGGAUACAACUCUUCCUUGUUCAGUCAAAGAAGAGAACUUGCUUGCAAUCACAAAAGAUGAGUCCAGCUUUGAUGCUGCCAAAGCCAAUUUUAGCAUGGCCACCACCACCACUACCACCACCACCCGCUCUGGUCGUGUAGUGAAGGGCCCCAGGCGACUGGUGACAGAUGAGAGCCCCACCACUGAUUUUACAGCCCCUGAGAAAGCCAGCAAGAGGGCUCCACUUAUUCCCAUGGAGAGAGAAAGUGGUGAUGAUGUUGUGGAGAACCAAAACCCAGAUCAGCCAACUGUUGAACCUGAGGUAACUGACUUGCAGAUUGACGUAAAUGACAAUGGUGUUAGCCAGGGAAUUGAGGAAGUAGAAGAAGAUGAUGAUGUGGGGGAUUUUGAGGGGAUCACUGAAGACACAGAUGAGGAGUACGUGCCCAUUGCCGAGCCCAGUUCCUUAGCCCCAUCCACAUCAACAGCACGGAAGCGCAAGGCCCAGAGUAAAACAGACGAAAACGAGAAUGGUGAGGCUCUAGAAGAAGACUCCAAGAAGGACUCUGUGCAGUGUCCCAUCUGUGACAAAUCCUUCAAGAGCAAAUACUACCUCAAAGUCCACAACAGGCGGCAUACAGGGGAGAGGCCCUUUGGUUGCCUAAAAUGUGGAAAGAGGUACUUCAGGAAGGAGAAUCUUUUGAUACAUGAGAUCAGAGACUGUGCCAGAGUGCAGACAUACACCUGCCUAACAUGCUCCUCGACAUUUAAUGGAAAAGAAGAGCUACGGUUGCACGUUAUCUCGCACACAGGAGAUAUGCCCCACAAGUGUUCAACAUGUCAGGAGCAGUUUAUGUACAAGAAAAACUUGACAAUCCACAUGAUGAAGGCCCAUGGUUAUCCCAAACCACAUGCAUGUCCCCAGUGCCCCAAAACCUUCUUAACUCGGACAGAGCUGCGUGUGCAUGAAGCAGCCAAACAUCGAGGCGAAAAGCCGUUUGUGUGUGAGGAGUGUGGCCAUCGAGCCUCUAGUCGAAACGGCCUGCAGAUGCAUAUCAAAGCCAUUCACAGAAAUGAACGCCCUUUUGUAUGUAACUUAUGUGGCCAUGCAUUCUCCCAGAAGAACAACCUAAACAUGCAUCUGCGUAUACACAGUGGUGAGAGGCCAUACCAAUGUCAUCUCUGUGGCAAAACCUUCAGGACGCAAGCCAGUCUAGAUAAACACAACCGGACACACACUGGUGAGCGUCCUUUUAGCUGUGAUGUUUGUGAGCAGCGCUUCACAGAGAAAGGCGCCCUCGUCCGCCACAAGGCCAGCAAGCACGAGGAAGGCCGUCCCCACUGUUGUCACAUAUGUGGCAAAACCUUCAAAGCGAGGGAGCAACUUCGUGUUCAUCUGCGUCGCCAUAAGGGCAUGAGGAAGUUUGAGUGCAUAGACUGCGGCUACAAGUUCACCCGACAGGCACACUUGCGACGUCACAUUCAAAUCCACAAACGCACAGAGAACUAUAACCCCCGGCAGAGAAAACUGAGGAACGUGAUAGUGCCAGAUGUGGACGGAAAUCCUGGUGAGAACGAAGCAGCUGAAGCCUCAUUGAUCGCAGAGGAGACAGAUUACGCCCCAGAGACCGCUGACGUCCAGGAAUCCACAAACCCAGAGCCUGACUCCGCGACAGGCCUCAGUUCUGGCUGCAUAGUGAGGGUGGUGAUCGAGUCGAGCGACGCGGUGACGGAGGAGGUGGUGUCCAACCAGAGCCUAGGACACGUCGAGGCAGUGGAGAGCUUCUCUGUGCCAGAAGGCUUGCAGCAAACGCAGCUGGUCACUGAGGCAUACGAGUCCGCAAUGGAUAUGGAUGGAAUUGUUGAGAAUAUAUCAGAGAGUAAGACCUGAGGACUGAAAGAUCAGAGACUGUGUGCAACCCACUUAGAAUUAAGGUUACUGUGAAGACCACUUCCUAAAUGAAAAGCACUUAAAUGUGACACAAGGGAAGAUGAGGCACAGCCUAAAUGGUUUGACCUUCAGAUCCAAAGAUAAAGAAACUGCAACAAAGUCAGCCACUGUUGAGUUUCUAGACAUGCGAGAUGGGAGCAGCAAGUAAUUCUCAUGCUUUUAGUAGUUAACACAGUAAGUGAACUGCAUGCUUGUGAAGGCUGCUUGAAUGUGAAAUAAUAUUUUUUUUGGCUUGUUUUAUUAAGCCUCCUUUUAUCAAUGUGCCUACUGCAGCUGGAAAAUCUGUUCUGUUACUGAGGGUAGUAAAGAAAUAGUUCGACAGUUUGGGAAAUAUCCUUAUUGUGUUUCUGGCAGAGUUAGAUAAGAUGAUCACUACCAUACUCAUGUCUGUUCGUUAAAUAUAAGGCUACAGCCAGAUGCCGGUUAGCUUAGCUUAGCACAAAGACUGGAAACAGGGGGAAACAGCUAGCCUGGCACUGUAAAGAUCACAAAUUAUAUUUAUAUCUCGUUAAGUCUGUACAAAAACCGAAGUGUAAAAACGACAACUGAGAUGAGUCAGGCCAAACCGCGCCCGACCGUCUCCAAGCGGGUUGCGGUUUCUGUUUGACCGAGGACGGGGCUGAGUUGCGCGCACACACACAGGCAGAGCAGAGAGGCCUGGGACAGGGCGAAGUGUGUCACACAAAAUCCGGUGGUGGCACCUCAACGUGUUUAUAUGUGCAUUAGAAUGUAACCGCUGUGAAACAAUCAGAAAAUAACAUUUUAUUAACCUGAUUCACUGCUUUGUUCUCACCAACGCCGCUCCCUCUCUUCAUUUACUCUGCUUGCUUGACCACCAGUCAAACAGAGUCGAGCCAAACCAGCACGUGUAGGGAAAAGGGCUGUUAGUGAGCUUUAGAGGUGCUGGUGGGCAGAUUUUGACAGAGCCGGGCUAGCUGUUUCCUCGUUUCCAGUCUUUGAGCUAAGCUAAGCUAAGCUAACCAGCUGCUGGCUGUAGACAGAUGAGAGUGAUAUUGAUCUCGCUUGGCAAGAAAGCAAAUAAGAGUAUUUCCCAAAAUGUCAAACUUUUGCUUUACAAUGGAUGUUCCCAUAUGUACAGAGAGCUAAAGUAGGGACACUGAAUGUAGAGCUCUUACCAGGGCAGAUAUUUGUUGAAUCUUUUCUAUUUAAAGGUACCCUGUGGUGUUUUUGACCACUAGUAGCACUAAGGAGGGGUUCCCGUUUUGUUUGUAAUGUGUAUGCAACCGAGGACGCGGGCGAUCAAUUUCACGCUAUUUGGUGGCUAUAAUGCGCAAAGAAGCGUAGCAGUGUUUCCGCAAAGGCAGUGAAGAAGACUGCUCGUACACAAACAUGGAUGUAAAGAAUUAAGGAAUGAAAAUAUUUAAAAAAAAUUGGCUUUACAAAUAUUUUAUGUAGAAGCAAAUACAUUCAGCAUGUUUGUUAUGGUGAGAAUCACUGAAUGUAAAUAUAAGUUUUGUUCGUUGACAAGAAACUUCCACAGGGCACCUUUAAUGUUUGUUUACAGUCAUCAGCACAUCCUUACUUGGAAUUAAGACGCUACACAGGUUAAUGAUUUUAUGUUAAAAUACACAGCUUUAUAAGUGACCAGAUUAGCUUACUCUUGCUACUUAUAAAAAAUGUAAUGCAUUUAUUGUCUUUUCACACUCAGCCGCAACUACUGUCCACUGUGUGAAAUAUAUUAGCAACCUGCUAACAGCUCAUCAAAUGCGACUCAGCAGAAUAAACUCUCAGACCUGC